GAGUUAAGUUGGGUUAAUCGCGGUACCUGUGGGAGGCGCUCGAGUCUCGAUCAGUUUGGCACCAAGUCCUCAGCAGGAUCAACUUCAGGAGGCUGAGGACUGCCCGUCUGGAGCAAGCUGGUGAUUUGGGUUCAACACUCAUUCAAACUGUCCAUAGUGCUCGUCUGUACAAUUAUAGGUUUGCUAUCAGUGUUCCAGGUAUGGAGUUCAAGAAUGCAUAAUUGCGGUGCAGUGCUGAGAAUGUGUGGUUGCUGAAUAUCCUACCUGAUUGCCCUGGUUGUCCUCUGUUUUUGUGCCUCUUUGGCUCAGUUUUGCCCUUUCUUUAGCUCUCAUUCUCCUGUAACAAAGCACCCAUAAUGUCACAGCCAUCUGAUGCUGAGCCCGUCCCAGUUGUAACUGCUGCCUCAGCAGAACCCUCCACUGAACCAACAUCCUCCACCUCAACACCUGUUGCACCUGUGACCAAGGCUGCAUUCUGGAAGGAGAGGAAAAAAGUCCCAGAGAAGACUGAUGACUUCCUGCUGGCCAGGUUUCAGGGUGAUGGAGUGAGGUAUAAAGCCAAGCUUAUUGGUGUGGAUGAUGUCCCAGAAGCCAGAGGGGAUAAAAUGUGUCAGGAUUCCAUGAUGAAACUAAAGGGCAUGGCAAUAGCUGCUCGUUCUCAAGGCAAGCACAAGCAAAGAAUCUGGGUGAAAAUCUCUCUUACAGGAAUCAAAAUUGUGGAUGAGAAAACUGGGGUUAUAGAGCAUGAACAUGUGGUGAAUAAGAUCUCAUUCAUCGCUCGUGAUGUCACCGAUAACCGGGCAUUUGGAUAUGUGUGUGGCGCAGAGGGACAGCACCAGUUCUUUGCUAUUAAGACCACUCAGCAGGCUGAGCCUCUGGUCAUUGAUUUGAAGGACAUAUUUCAGCUGAUCUUCAACAUGAAGAAGAAAGAGGAGGAGGCUGCAAUGAAGGGUGAAGCAAAUGGUUCAGCGAUCAAGAAUGGUAGUGAUGCUUUACUCACCCUGGAUGACAAAGAAAAUGCUGUGAAGACUGUGGAGCAGAUGGACCUGUUCGGAGAUAUGUCCACACCACCAGACAUUCACACUCCUACGAACACAGAAGCUGGAUACAUAUUCGGCAUGCAUCUAAAUGAAAAGUCACCUGGAAAUAACCUGAUUGGAGCUGACCUCUUCGCUCCACCAACCCAGAAUGAGUCUCUUCCCUCAAACCAAAAUACCUCCAUUCCAGCUGACCUAUUUAACACCACACCAGCCUCCACCAUCAAUGCUCUUGGUUCAUUGGCUCUGGGCCCUGCUUCUGUCACUCAAACUCCUGGAACAGCCCCAUCUCCAUGGGGUCAGACACCCACAAGGUUUCCUCAGGGUGGUGUUCCUCAAGUUACAGUUCCAGGGACACUGCCAAAACCGUUCCCUCAAACAUCUGCCUUCGCAGGCCUGCCUGCACCUUCAUGGGGGCCACAAGGAGCUUCACCUUUUGGUCCACCAGCUGCCACACAAGCCUGGGGCCAACCAGGAACAGCAGCUCCUGUUGCGGCCUGUCCUGCCUCUGGUCCUAUGGCCAGUCCAUUCCAACCAAAUCAAUUCCCUACCAUGAUGCCUCCUAGUGCAAUGAUGGGUGGGCAGCAGGGUGCCUUUGUUCCCCCUCGUCCUCCACCCCGUCCCCCAGUGAAAGGAGAACCACCAGCAGUCAAAAGUGCCUUCACAGCAUUGGACCCCCUUGGGGAGAAGGAGAAGAAAACUGGGAAAGACAUGUUCAAAGAUUUCCAGAUGGUCAAGCCCCAGAAAGCUGAACAAGGAACUGACCCAAGCACCAAUGGCUCCUUUGACCAGUACUUUUCCAGUAAGGUUGGCUUGGCUCAGGAGGUGGCAGACCAUGAUGACUUUGACAUUAACCAAAUCUCAGUUAGCGCAAAUGGGCCAUCCAAACUUGCUCCUCUGGGUCUGACCCUGGCCCCAACAGCAGGGCUUUUCGAUGUUGCCUUCUCUCCUAAUCCAGCCUCUGCAACUUCAAACCCAACUCUUGCAGCAGGCUUGAACCUUUUUGAUGAAACUUUUGGAAAUGACCCUUUUGGUUCACCACCCCUGAAUACAAGUACUCCAGCUACUCAGUCUGCUGUGUCUGCAGAUGCUUUUGGAGACCCUUUUGGGGAAAAUCCAUUUGCCUGAGGAGCUUCUCCUUAGCACAUCUGUACAUUCCCAUUGCUCUAGUGCUGCAGAGCCAGAGGACCACACAAGCACUGUAGAGUUGAUAUCUGCAUUCCACUUCAUAAAGUGUGCACAUUAAAAUCUUUUUCUUGUAUUUUCUGCUCUACUGUUAUCAUUCCCAUUUUAUAUCUACUGAAACACCCUCUCUCUGUGUGCCUUUAUAACUGAUCAC